AUGGCAAAACACCGGCAUCUUCAACCGGCGCAAACGAACCGAGCUUCUGCCGGCGGAGCUUCUCCGCGCCCCGGGGACUGGAACACCGACCACCUGGCCGCGCUAAUUUGCGUUUUCCCACGCGGUCUCGGGUCCGCGACCCGCGAUCAGUCGAGACUAGAAUCUGGAAACCAUUUUCCUUCCCUCCCCAACCUCCCAUACCUAAGAACAGUCGUCGUCACCAACAAGUCUUGCAUUCGUAUCGCUGCAGCAGCCCGUCUGCUUUCACACCGUCUCGAAUCCAUCCCCAAUCGCAAUCGGCCCGUCCCCCACAUCUCGCCGGCCAGAGUACACAGGCCGCAAGUCCACAAGACCGGGACCCCAUCUGCUUUCCUCUCACGAGCCUUGAAGGAUUUUCUUCCCGUCUUUUCUUUCAAAGCCAGGCUUGAGAUAAUGAACCCCUCCGACCCGCAAGGAUCCACGGUGGCUGCUACUAUCGUGAGAUUUUCCAUUACUGUAUACUUUUGCUACCUCCUCAGCUCCUCCCACAGAUACUUGAACCUUUACACCCUUCCACAUUGUCAACUUUCCACUCUCACUCCCCUCAACCAAGGCCUUGGCCAGCGUAUCCCAAACAUGGAGGCCUCAAUGUUCAAGACCCUCGUCGAGGUCGAAUCCCGCGACCUAGACGCCCACCCUCCCCUCCUCCCCGCCGCCCCCGCCAAGGCCGUCCCGCGAACCUACCCGGGCGCACCACACCACCGUGACGGGUCCUCCAUUGAGCUCGCCCGCAUCGACACCACCGCAGCCAACUACAACAACAAGAGCAGGGCCGGGACACCGCGGGGCAGCGCCGGCCCUUCCCGGGCACAAUCGCCGUCCCGGACACCUGGCUCCGGAAGCGAUAUCGAGAUGAGCCGGCCCUCGACGCCGACGGCCUUUGACGUCCUGCAGAGCAUCACAGACCCGCACAUGAACCGUUACCGCAUGGCCGCGUCGUGCCUCAUGAAUUUUGGCAACGGGCUCAACGACAGCGCGCCGGGUGCCUUGAUCCCCUACAUGGAGAAACACUACGACAUUGGCUACGCAAUCGUGUCCCUAAUCUUCAUAGGCAACGCCUUCGGCUUCAUCUUCGGCGCAGUCUUCCUCGAAUCCCUACGCCUCAAGCUCGGCCGCGCCCGCCUCCUCGCCCUCGCCCAAUCCAUCAUCACAAUCGCCUACGCGCCCAUCCUCGCCCAGGCCCCCUUCCCCGUCGUCGUCGUCUCCUUCUUCCUCAUCGGCUUCGGCAUGUCCAUCACCCUCGCCGUCAACAACGUCUUCUGCGGCUCCCUCCGCAACGCCACCACCGCCCUGGGUUUCAUGCACGGCGCCUACGGGGCCGGCGGCACCGUCGGACCUUUGAUUGCCACCGCGCUCGUCACGGCUGCGAAGGCGCGCUGGAGCACGUAUUACUUUAUCCCCCUCGGCCUCGCCAUCUUCAACGGCGUGUUCUCGACCUACACGUUCUGGCACUACGAGCGGGACCUCCCCGCCGGCGGCGCCCAACCUACGCCCGCCGCCGAGGCCGCAGCAGCAGCAGCGAACUCGUCCUCCUCACAGCUUCUCAGCAUGUUCACCGCCCUCAAAAUUCGCAUCGUCCUCCUGGGCGCCCUCUUCGUCUUCGCCUACCAGGGCGCCGAGGUCUCCAUCUCGGGCUGGGUCAUCUCCUUCCUCAUCGCGACGCGCAACGGCGACCCGGAAUCCGUGGGCUACGUCACGGCCGGCUUCUGGGCGGGCAUCACCAUCGGCCGGCUCUGCCUCUCGCACCCGGCCCACCGCGUCGGCGAGAAGCUGUUCGUGUUCCUCGCCACCGUCGGCGCGGCGGUCUUCCAGCUGCUCGUGUGGCUGGUGCCCAACGUCGUCGGCCCCGCCGUGUCGGUCGCGAUUGUCGGAUUGUUGCUGGGGCCGAUUUACCCGUGUGCGGCGGCCGUGUUUAUGAGAGGGAUGACGAGGACGGAGAGGGUGAAUGGGAUGGGGGUGAUUAGUGCGUUUGGAAGCUCCGGGGGCGCGGUGGCGCCGUUCACCACGGGUAUGGUUGCGCAGGCUGCUGGGCCUUGGGUAUUGCAUCCGAUUGCGAUUGGGCUGUUUGCCUUGAUGAUGGCUUCGUGGUACGGUGUGCCGCAUGACAGGAAGAGGAGCGUAUGA